GAACAGGCGGGCUGUGCGCGCUUCUCUCUCCUUUCCGAUCGAUCCCCCCCCCCCCCGGACACGCUUUGCUUUUAAACCGGGUGGCGAUGGGACCGGCGUGGAGGAAGAAGAGGGCCCCCCAGGGCAGUGGCGGCUGGCCCAGUCCCCACGAUGCCGCCAGGGGGGGUCCCCAGCUGCCCCCCCAGCUGGUGUAGAAGAGCCGCGGCGGCCAGGAGCCCGUGCCUAGGAAGCGCCAGCCAGCUAUGCCGCGCGGGGGGGAGGCGCACCCCGGCAAGGUCUGGAGGCGAUCUGGGGGGGCUUAGCUCGCGGCUGGGGGGCGCCCCGGGCUGACUGGGAAACCGAGCUGGGGGUUCUCGGAACGACAUUCCCCCCCCCCCAUCUCCUGUUUACUGCUGGCUGUCCAACCCGCGGCCCCCCCGCCCCACGCCGUUUCCUGUGGGAUCUAACGGCAUCUUCCCUCCCCAAGGCAACGCGCCCGUCGGAACUGCUUCCUCGGGUCGAUCCGGAGCAGCCGGUGGUGAGUCUGUUGAGGAAGCGCAGGUAGUUUUUUUCCUGGAGGAUGGACCGCACCGCCGGGUUGCGUGGAGAACUCCAGGAUCUUGCUUGUUGAUACAGAGGGAAAGCCCCCCCAGGCUAAACUGAAAUGCCUUUUUGAAAAUCACUGGCCAAGGUCAGACCCGUUCUUGCUUAAUUGGGAGCGAAGGAGGAAGACCGGACUGAAGAACUGCCGGAGUUUUGCGUUGUGCUUACUCAGCCUCCCAGCUGCUCUCUGGACACACCUGCAGCCCGAAAUCACCAUCAUGACUCCUUGGUCUGGCUCGGAGAUCUUCAAAGGUCUCUCCUCACUCCUGGUAGCCCUUUUCUGCACAGUGGCAGAGUGCCGCGGAGGAGUAGUGGACAGUCUCCAGAGGUUUGCCAGCUUGCCGGUGUACCUCCCUGUGAGUUAUCGCAUCUCCAAUGCAGAGGUGUCCUUCUUCCUUAAGGAAACCAACCAGAACAUCAUGAGGAAUGCCAGCUUGCAAUCCAGGAUGGAGUCCUUCCUGCCAUAUAAAGCCUCCAGCUUGCCUCUCUUAAACGCUACUUACGGCCCAUUCGCCGUGGAGCAGAUGGUGCCCCAGAACCUCCUGCUGACGUCUCCUCUCUCUGGUGUCACCAAUCAGUUCACUUUCAAUUGGAAGUUACAAUCACGCAUCAUUGACAGCUCCAUCUACUCCAACAGGCCCAAAGUCCAAGCUUUGUUCUACAUUGCCGGCAAGGACUGGGAAGACGGCGAUCCUACAGAGAUCUUGCCCUGCGUGCAGAUGGUGGCCUUCCAGGAGGGCAAGGUGGCUGCUGGUAGCUGCCGACUGAAAGGCCAUCUUGGGUUGUGUGUUGUGGAACUGGAGUUCUCGCCAAGUUGGUUCCACUCUGUGCCAACCUCCCCGUUCCCGCCGUUGGUCCCGGAGGAUCAGCCGAUGGUGGACUCCUUAGAAGGGAUCACUGUGGAGCUUUUCCAUUGGGUGUAUGCUGCCCAAGGGGAGUGUUCUAGAGAGGACCAGAAAUGGGAACGGCUUCUUCACUUAGGAGGCCAGGAUGAGGCCCCGGUGCCUUUGGCGUCAAUGGAGAGAAUUGGCAGUGUGAUUCUUUACCCGACGCAAGACAAGCUCAAGAAGUCCUUGCUGAGCCUUGACGAUAACCUUGUGCUCUGUUUGCCGCUCAGCCCCGUCAAGGAAGGGGACCUGGUCACAUUUCACGUCUCCCUUGCCAGUGGCUCUCUAGCAGAUCAGUUUACAUUGAGAAUCAAGGCUGCCCCAGGUGUGAAGAUAAUAGACAUCCGAGUUGUUGACCCAGAUCGGUGGGGAGUUCAACAAGAUGUAGACAACGGAAGGACACAGACCACCGCUACCAUUGUAUGUGAACACAUCGAUCCAAAUGUCGAAGGCAGGGCGAAUCUCUCCUCCUUUGAGAUCUUGCAGAUGGACUUUGAAAUUGACAACAGCAGUGGCCUUGUGGGUGCUCAGCAAAUCACCUGGCAGGUGGAAUACCCUCGUGAUGACACUGUGAGUGACCUGGUGGUCUCUGAGAUCUUCGUCAGCCAAGUGACAUUUUCUGGGAUUGUUCCACUUGCAAUGGACACCGAAGUCCUUAACACAGCCAUUCUGACAGGGAAGACUGUGUCUGUCCCAGUAAAAGUCGUUGCUGUAGAAGAGGAUGGAUUGGUGAGAGAUGUGUCCGGUUCCACUGAAUGCAGAUCUGCUGAUGAAGAUGUCAUAAAGGUUUCCGACAACUGCGACACCAUCUUUGUUAACGGCAAGGAAAUGAAAAGCAAAGUGGACACCAUUGUGAACUUUACAUACCAGCAUUUUACCACCCAGCUGGAAAUCACUGUCUGGGUCCCACGGCUUCCUCUGCAAAUAGAGAUCUCGGACACAGAACUGAGCCAGAUUAAGGGCUGGAGGAUCCCCGUCACCUCCAACAAAAGGCCUACCCGUGACAGUGAUGAGGAAGAGGAUGAUGAGAAGAAAGGCAGAGGCUGUACCCUGCAGUACCAGCAUGCCAUGGUGCGGGUCCUCACCCAGUUUGUUGCGGAAUCAUCCGAGUUGGGUGGCCAGCUGACCUACCUGCUGGGCUCCGAGUGGCAGUUCGACAUCACGGACCUAGUGGUCGACUUCAUGAAGGUUGAGGAAUCCAAAGUGGCCAAGUUGCAAGAAGGCCGGGUCCUGAUUGGUCGCGAGCAAGGCAUCACAACCGUCCAGGUCCUCUCUCCACUCUCCGAUUCCAUUUUGGCUGAGAAGACAGUGAUCGUGCUGGAUGACCGAGUGACCAUCACAGACCUCGGGGUACAGCUUGUGGGAGGCCUCUCCCUCUCCCUCCAGACAAGUAAAGGGAACAAGAGGGUCAUCGUUUCUACAGCAUCUGCAUCCGAUAUCCUUCAUUCGCUGAAAGAGGAAGCUGUGGUCAGUGCUUGGGUUUUGUUCAGUGACGGCUGCGUGACACCCUUGGACAUCUAUGACACAAAAGAUUUCUCUCUUGCCAUGACGUCACUGGAUGAGAUGGUGGUGUCCAUCCAUCAAAGCCAGGAAGAUGACUGGCCUGUGGUGGUGGCAGAAGGUGAGGGCCAGGGGCCUCUUAUCAAGAUAGAAAUGGUGAUCAGCGAACCAUGCCAGAAGUCGAAGCGGAAAAGCAGCCUGGCUGUUGGGAAAGGAAGCAUCAAGGUGAAGUUUGGGGAGAAGGAUUUGGAUCACAAAGGGGAUGCCAAUAACAUUGAAGAUGUUGAUGCCAGUUUUAAGAACCAUGGGAGCAAUUCUAUAGAGAAGUCAUUGGAGCAAGAGAGGACAGGGCAAGACUGGCCCAAAUAUGGAGCUUCUAUUAAUCAUGAAGAGGCUACCAACCAAAGCACAACUUCCAAGCCUUCCAUUCAUCAGAGAAACACUCAUGGGGAUGGCCAGCUCCUCAACAGCCCAACUUCCUUGACCAGCUUUCCCACCCAAGUUGUCAUUUCUGGGCAGAACAGUCCCAGCGACCUCACGCUGGCUUCCAGAGGGUUAACGGAUCUGGAGAUUGGCAUGUAUGCCCUCCUGUGUGUGUUCUGCUUGGCCAUCUUGGUCUUCUUAAUUAACUGUGUAGCAUUUGCUUGGAAGUACAGGCACAAACGGUUUGCCGUCAGCGAACAAGGCAACAUCCCGCAUUCCCAUGACUGGGUGUGGCUUGGAAACGAGAUGGAACUCUUGGAAAACCCAGUGGACAUUUCACUCCCAUCAGAGGAGUGUACCACCAUGAUUGACAGAGGGCUGCAGUUUGAGGAAAGCAAUUUUCUUCUCAAUGGGAACUCCCAGAAGAGCUUCCACAAUCAGAUCCUUCGGUCCGCCGAAUAUUCAUGCGAGAAAGAUAUAAAACCCGAACCGAUCAACCCUCCUGGUCCCAAACGGAAACGAGUAAAAUUCACUUCUUAUACAACCAUCCUGCCAGAGGAUGGAGGCCCAUACACCAAUUCCAUACUCUUUGACAGUGAUGAUAAUAAUAUCAAAUGGGUAUGCCAAGAUAUGAACCUAGGGGAUUCCAAGGAACUUAGAGACUAUAUGGAAAGGCUUCAAGACAAUAUGUAAACACACACACCACAUGUUAUAUAUAUUUCUUAUGUUUGUAUUCACCUUUAUGCCUUCUGUUUUAUGGAUAAUGGAGCUGUCAAAUCCAGCCAGCAAUAGAAGAAGUCACUCCAAAUGUUUGGAGGUCUAGCGAGAAUAACUUCAGAUCAUUUAGAUCGGGUGCUGGAAAAGCUGGCGCUCUGACCCCUGUUUCAUCAGAUGCCAAGAUGCACCCCCCUCAAAAUGGCUACCUACAAAUCUUGGGGAGGUGUGGCAUACAGUUGGCUGUGUUUUGUAUGUCACCUGGUCUUAGCCAACACCAAUUCAGCUACAUCUAGACUCCGAGAGGAUGGGUUGGUGUGUCAUCUUAUAAUGAGCAGAAAAUGAACAAUGUUGGGAGGGGAUUUUUCUAGAAAACCAUUCUUUGUAAAAGCACAGUAGACAUUCCUUAUGUACAAGCCUGAAUUUAGGCUCCUUUUAAAGGGUCAGAAUGAAUGGGCCUCAUGUGAUCUGCUUACAAGCAAAUACAGGCAGAUACUUCCUUAUGGUUUUUUUUUUUUUUUUAAACAGUUCAUCCUGGUGGUUAAAUUUGUUUCCUUGUAUUGUUUUAUAAAGCUCUCUUGAGUUAUUUACAUAUUUUCUUUUUGAGGAUAUUUCCCCCCUGAUUGUAGCAAAGUGUACUACUAUAUUGUUUCCUUUGGGCUGCUACGUUUAGUUGAUGAAUCAAUUAAAACCUUUUCGAUGGAUGAAAAAUGUGCCCACAAUGAAUGGGGCAGCAGAUCUUUAAAAAAAAUAAUUUAAAUUACUUACGAAGACAUAAUAUUAGAAGAGGCAUUCUAACUUACAAAGAGCACCAUUGUAGACAAGGCCUUCUCCCCUACACAGGAGUUAAUAUAUCUUCCCUCCUGAUCCCUGUAGUGAUGUAUGUUGACAUCAUCUGAAAAGUAUGCAUCAAAAUUUGUGUGUCAACAUUCUCAAAUUACCGCAGGUUGAAUUGAUUAAUGACCCAUCAGUCCAUUGAAAUUCAUAUGAUUAAUCGACUAAAAUGUAUUUGAUUGGAUGCAGCCCUCAUGUCUAUAUUUCGGGGGGGGGGGGUUCUUUUGUUUUCUUGAUGCUUGGCAUUGUUCCCUAAUGGUAACAAGUUCUGUUUCUUUCUUGCUUUCCAAAUAAGUGUUUUUAAAGAAAUACAGAAAAGGUACAGAUCUUUCAUUGGACAAAAAAGGGUUCUAUCUUCUUACAGGGAAACUGUAUAUAUCAUAAUAAAACCCUGGGGGAAACGA